AUGACUUCCAAAACAAUCCGGCAGCAGAAUUUGGAUAUUCUGAAAGAUAAAGUAAUGAAAGACAAAAUUGACAAUGAUGUUGAUUCCAAUCGCAACAGUGAUGAUGAGGAUGAUGACAGGGGCAAAGAGAAAGGUAAUGAUUCAAGAGGAAAUUGGAUGAUGGUAGAGGGGGAGAAUCCCAAUUGGCCUCUGGAUGCUGAUGUUGGGUGGGGGAUCAGAGCAUCAGAGUAUUUUGAGCAACAACCUAUAAAAAAUGUCGUAGGCGAAGAUGGCACUGAAAUUGACUGGGAGGGAGAGAUCGAUGAUGGUUUAUUGAAGGAGAUCAAUUGUCUUGAGUGGGAGAGCUUUGCUUUCCAUCCUAGUCCCCUAAUUGUUCUCGUUUUCGAAAGAUACUACAGGCAAGCGAUAACGGGAAAGCUUUGA